UAGUGUAAAAAGUGAUUGACGUGAGCGUAAUCCAAUGGCUGCAGUUCGUACAGACUAUUACCGCGAGGGCGGGAUUUCCUGAAACCAUUCACUUUCCGGCUACUCCACUGAAGGGCACCAGUUUGCUUGAUUGCGCACAGAAAUCAUGGGAGGACACGACGCAGGAACUCACCACCAGUUCACUGGCAUCGCCAAAUACUUCAAUUCAUACACAAUCACAGGCAGGAGGAAUUGUGUGUUGGCCACAUACGCCAGUAUCGCUGCCCUUGUCCUCUUCUUCAAAUUGAAGCCCAAGAAGCAAAAGGCUGUGAAGUCAAGUUAACUUAUAGAUGUUUCAGGAAGCUAGAUGUCAUUGUUUUGACUUCAAUUUAACUAUGUGAAGAAUAAAAAAAGAUCACUUGUACCAAAC